UUCCAAUGUACUACUUCCUUUCCAGUCAGUCAGUCACUCACAUCAUCACUCAAUAAUUGUAUCGCUCUCUUGAGAGAGACAAAAAGAUUCACAGAGAAAUGGUAGGACCAUCGAGGCCUCAAAUAGUUCUGUUUGGUUCUUCCAUUGUUCAACUCAGUUAUCUCAAAGAAGGUUGGGGUGCUAUUCUUUCUCACCUGUAUUCUCGCAAGGCGGAUAUAGUUCUGCGAGGAUACUCUGGUUGGAAUACAAGGCGCGCCGUGCAGGUUUUGGAUACAAUUUUUCCCAAGAAUGCCACGGAGCAACCGUCGUUGAUAGUUGUAUACUUUGGCGGCAAUGAUUCUGUUCUUUCUCAUCCAAGUGGCUUUGGUCCACAUGUACCUCUGCAAGAAUACAUCGAAAAUAUGAAGAAGAUUGCUAAUCAUCUCAAGAGUCUGUCAAAGAAGACUCGCCUUAUAUUUCUCAGUUCUCCACCUUGCAAUGAAGUGCAAAUUUAUGGAAACAGUUGUAUACAGAGACCACCAAGGAAUAACGAAUCGUGUCGAAUAUAUUCAGAAGCAUGUUUGGAGCUAUGCCGCGAGAUGAAUAUCAAGGCCAUUGAUCUGUGGUCUGCAAUCCAAAAGAGGGAUAGCUGGCGCAAUGAUUGCUUCACGGAUGGAAUUCAUUUGACACAUGAGGGUAGCAAGAUAGUGGUAAAAGAGAUACUUAAUACACUCAAAGAAGCAGAUUGGGAACCUUGCUUGCAUUGGAAGUUACUGCCAAAUGAGUUUGGAGAAGAUUCACCUUAUGACCCACUUGGCCCAGAUGAAAAAACCAUGAAUGUUGCCAGCUUGACCUUCAUGGAAACUAUGGAAUAUGACUGAUGUUCAUCUGGGAGCUAAAGACAUGCCCCAGAUCAUUGAAUCAUUAGGCUACAACCAUAAAUAACAGGAAUUUAGAACUGUGCCUAAUUAAAG